AUGGAUGGGUCGCAACGACCGGAGACCAUGCGCUCCCAUCAUUCCGACUCCAGCGACUUUCCUAGGUCCAGCUCUGCCAUCUCUACGGAACGAGUGGGAAAAGAAGACGUCAUGAUCACUUUGUCUGUCUCUCCCGAACCGCCGGCACCCCCUCGGACCCGAUCCCCUCUAGCCCGAUCGCAUUUGCGUUCUCGAUCACUGGUGGGAAUCCCCGGCAUGCCAUCGAUGACGCGCGCAUAUUCUUCCCCAGGGCUGGACUCGAGGGGAAGAUAUAUUUUUGUUAACGGUCGUGGUGCCCCUGCUACUUCUGCCGAUGGCGCAAAGCGAACCCUGCCCUUGCAGAUGCGCGCCGACGAUCACAUCGAAACCCGGAUGGGGUCGCUUAACAUUUCUGAGACCAUAUCUGAGAACGCAGAGCUCGAGACCAUGCCCAAGUCACCUUCUUCUCAGUCGGGCUCCUCCCCGGUCUUGAUGCCCCAGACAUUCCCCCGCAUCGACCUCUCCCUCUCCAACCCUCGGCGGAAAAUACAACGAAGCCUUUCCUGUCCAUUCCGCCUCCUCCACUUCAUCGAUCCCGUCAACUCCGACCAGCCUUCGAUCUCGGAGCCCGAGCAUUUCGUCUCAGAGACUAUUCCGGAUAUUCCGGAUGCUGAAGCGGAAGCUGUUGAAGACGAUGAUCGUAUCGCGCAGCUCAAGGCGGCAGCUGAUGCCGAGGCGGCAAGCAAUAACCAUCGACGACGAGGCACAUCCGACGUGUCUUCCACCAGCUCUUUCAAUACCAUGCGUGCCGGUCGCAAGCGAUGGAGUGUCUGUGGUGCAGAACGUCGACAGGAUUUGGACCUAGAGACUAUUUGGGAAGAUUAA